UCGAGAAGGUGCGAGUUGCAUAACGCGACGACGACGCAUUGCGCAUAUGUGUUCGAGGCUACUUGCAUCUUUUUUUUACAAGAGGAUCGUAUCGUAUCAUAGUGAUCGUGUGUCAGCACAGUCACCUGAGCGUGUAGGGCUUGUGAGAGACUGAUUGUUGCGUUGCAGUUUCUUUCUUUCGUUCGUUCACCUACUUGAGUCUCCGUGACAGAUCGGCUUGUCAUGAAAAUAUUCGGCGGUGUCGAGGGUGGUGCAACCAUAUCCCGAGCUGUGCUUCUGAAUGGAAAUGGAAAAAUCCUGUCUUGGUCAAAUGGAGGACCCAUGAACUACCUGCUCAUUGGCAGAGACGAGUGUAUGAAGAAGAUACACGAUCUCGUCGAAGAUGCAAAGAAAUGCGCCGGUCUGAGUUCGGACACUGAGCUGCAGUGUUUGAGCAUGUGCCUCAGCGGAUGCGAGCAGGAGUCCGCCAACCGCGUGUUCGAGCAAGUGUUCCGGGAAAAGUAUCCAGCACUGGCAAGUAACGUGCACGUGCAGAGCGACGUCGUCGGAUCGCUGAAGACGGUGACACCCAACGGUGGUGUCGUUCUAAUUUCUGGAACCGGAUCUAACUGCCUUUUGGUGAAUCCGAACAACACUGUGAGACGGUGCGGUGGCUGGGGACACGUCUUGGGUGACGAAGGCUCGGGAUUCUCCGUGGCAGUGCGAGCGAUCAAAAUGGUGCUCAACGAGGACGAAGGUUUCUCUCCGCCAGAAUUCAGCGCCAAAAAGAUCCGGAGCCUCGUCCUCGAGCACUUUAAGGUCGAGGACAUGUUUGGUUUGCUGCCCUACGUGUACAGUAACUUCGACAAGCCACUCAUUGCUAGCCUCUGCACCAAGGUUGCUCAAGCUGCUGUUGAAGGUGACCCAUUGUGCAAGCAGAUUUUCUGGCUGGCUGGCAAAGAGCUCGCGGAUCAUGUGGUGGCUGUGGCGCCCUCUGUGAGCGAGAGCUUAUUAAAGGACGAAGGAGGUCUUUGCAUUGUCUGUGUGGGAUCAGUCUUCAGGAGCUGGCAACUGCUCCGCGCAGGGUUCAUGGAACGAGUAUGUCCGUACAUCAAGAAUUUCACCCUGCUUGCUCCGACUGUGUCGUCUGCCAUCGGUGCCGCCUAUGAAGGAGCCUGCCAUGUCGACUACCGACUACCUAUAAACUUUCAGGAAAAUGCUCGGGUGCUCGAACGAUACUGUGCAUAAUUAAUCGCAAGGUUUUAGAGUUUUAUUUCCUCUAUAAAACAGGUCUUAGGCUUGCUUAGUGGAAACUUGGUCGUGUGGGGUGUACCGCGAUAAGUCCAGUUGCCUUGCCAACGUAAUCCUAAACAUGUUCACUCAUUGCAUUAACAUUUUUUUGGGUAUCCACA